CCUCAAAGAAUUCGAGGAGAUGACCGGCGGUGUCGUUGGCAGUAGCAGCGACAAGCACCGGCACCCGCUCCACGAGAUCGCCGAGAGCGUCACCCACAAGCUCCUGCUCAAGCAGUGGAUCAAGGAGGAGGAGCUCGUCGCCCGCCGCAUCGCCCUCCGGGAGUCCCGUGUCGACGCCGUCCGCCGCGAGAUCGCCGCCCUCUACUGCGCCUUCUUCGUCUUCCACUCCCUCAUCCUCCUCCUCCUCUACUCUGCGUCCGCCUCGUCCCCCUCUGCAGCGUGCCGCCGGUCGUGGAUCCCCUGCCUCUGCUCCCUCCUCUGCUCCAUGGCCGUCGUGUGGGCCGUCCGCUACAAGACCGACACGGAGUGCGUGCUGGAGCGGCUGCUGGAGAGGGAGAGGGAGGACGGGGUGCUGCUGGGCAAGUGCGUGGAGGAGCUGAAGCGGAAGGGCGCGGAGUUCGACCUGCUCAAGGAGGUGGACGCGCUGCGGCGGGCCAAGAGUCUGCGCGUCGAGGCCAAGGUGCGUAAGUGGUCGACCAGGGAUGUGGCCACCAUGGUGCUUCUCUUGCUGUCUUGCGUCGUGUUGGGCCUCACGAGGUUCGUGCUCUGCGAUUAAGGAUCUCCGUUGCGCCUCGAAUCGAGGCUUUUACGGCUUGUUUAUCGAAAUGAUGGCAGAAUGUUGCUUGUUCUGCUGUCGUCGUUCUUCUUCUGUGACCGAAACCUCCCCUAUUUGAGGUGUCAUGUAAUAAGAUUGAUAAGAUGAAGUAGCAGUAGUUUCGAGGAUUCAUGUAA